AGUUUGACCCGCACACUCGUUGCAAUUGGUUGUGUCGUACUGACGAUAAAGUUUACGUACGACGUUACAAACGUUAUUCUAUUUUCUCGGUGGACGGGAAAAUUUAGUAUCUGAUAACAGAAAACGAUAAGCAAUAGUCAAUUAACUCUAAUUAGUUAAUUAAUUAGCGACGAUUAUAUUAACUCGUCUGUUAAAGUGUUUUUGAAGCACGUGUUUUCUUCUCCAUGCUUGGCAAAGGGAAAAAAGAAAUCUUUGCUAAUGAUUCAUAUUUAAAUACUAAUUCAGACAGUGAAAAUCGUUAAAUAAACUUUUAAGUAAGGGUUAAUAAGAGAUAAAAAAAAUUGAAAGAACCUCUUUGCUUUUUAAAGCAAGCAUAGUGACGGCAAAAAAUUCGACUGCGUAAAACUAGAAAAGAGACGAAUCAGUGGCUUGAAAGAGGCACUGCGUGAAAAUGGAUCUCGGAGAGGAGGAAAAUAACGAAAUUGUUGGAGCACAGCACUCACAUCAUCUGCACUACAUCAACUAUGGAAAACACGAUUCCAACGGUAGCGGAAGGGGUGGAAUUCGUGGAAGUGGAGGCGGUGGUGGUAACGAUGGAAGCGAAAGAAGAAUGGUAGACAUUACAAGGGAUAAACCGAUUAAAGUUGCCGUUAGAGUACAAGUUCCCGUUCGCGAUCACCCGAAGUUUAACUUCGUGGGAAAACUAUUGGGACCAAAGGGAAAUUCCCUAAAGCGAUUGCAGGAAGAUACGAUGUGCAAAAUGGCAGUACUUGGACGUGGAUCCAUGAAAGAUCGACAAAAGGAAGAGGAACUUCGAGUAAGCGGAGACCCAAAAUUUUCUCAUUUAAUGGAAGACCUACAUGUUGAGAUUUCAGCGUAUGCUACACCUGCAGAAGCUCAUGCAAGAAUUGCAUAUGCAUUAGCAGAAGUGCGCCGAUUUUUAGUUCCGGAUUACAACGAUGAUAUUAGACAGGAGCAAAUGUGGGAGAUGCAAAUCUUGAAUACCCAAAAUCGUGAGGGGUCUCAAGCAGUAGAAGCUCCAUUAAGUCCCGCAUCAAGUUUAGAUGCUGCAGGUUCACCAACUGCAGCCACUACAGCAAACUCAAUUGAUGGACAAGACGACACUCCUAGCAGGCCAACACCUUCACCACCACAUCCAGCAGCACUUAAAACCCAAGGAACGGUGUUGCCGGCUGCAACUUCCACUCUAGGUGGACGAAAGCGACCUUUACUUCCAGGUGGGAGACCCGCGAUGUCGCCUACAAAAAGAACUGUAAUGUCUCUUCUAGCUAGAGCUCGUGCAGCGCAAAACAAAGAACCACUUCAGACAACAGCUUCCAUCAUCGCCGCGACUCAUCCGCAGCCAACUGCACCUUUAAUACAAGCUACCCUUCAACUUCCAACAGGAGGCCUACAACCUACAAACCCAACUUCCCAAAUAAGUAAUGUUGGUAAUCCUCAGGUUUCUCAAUUGCAACUUGCACCUCAAUCAAUUCCUCCACACACUGCUGUUACACAACGACAACCUAUUCUACAAUCUCAUACACAACAUCAGGUUUUGUCACCAGCUAUUCACGGAUUAUUACAUACACAGAGAGCAGCUGCAGGGGCGACAGUGGUUCCAAUUCUUCGUGAGGACUUUAUGGCUGGAAUAAAUCAACACCAGGUUCAGAAUGUUCAUAUAGCGUGAAGAAAUGGUUAUAUCUACAAAACGAAAAAUGAAGAAAAUAGCUAAUUGUUUAUGAAUAUGUUUAUAUAAAGAAACUUACGUAUUAAGUUUAACAGUUCUAUCAACGUUAAAAUUUUUUAAUUUAAUCAUUAGAUAUAAAAUAGCGAAUAAAUUGAAGUGAGGGAAAAUUUAUUUCUAUUAAGAAUCAACAUUCGCUAUAGUAUUUAUUAACUUUGUUAUUUAUUUAUUGUUUUUUAGUUCUAAUUUAUUUUUGUAAAAACAAGAAAUUUUUAUGUAGUUUCAUAGAAGAAUAAUUACGGACUUUUUUAAAGGGUAAAAUUAUUUAAUUUAAGUUAUUUAAUAAUUUAUUACAAUAUAAUUAAUUAAUUGAAUAACAAUCAUAAUAAUAAACUUAACAAUUUUACCUUUAACAAGAAAUUGCACGAUAUUAUAAUGAAUCUUUGAAGCAUUGACACUAAUUUCUUUCGAUCUAUAACGAUUGUCGAAUCUUUCUAUAAGUUUAAUCCUAUUUUCCAAAAAAUUUCGCAAUUAAAACAACUUACAUAUAUGAUCAUAAAAAAAUAUGUAUAAAAUUUAAAUACGAAUUCCGUCAUUGUUUUGAAUCAAUUCAACAUACAAGGAGAAUUUUAUUCUUGAGAUACACUAAUGUAAAAACAUUAAUUUUACUAACUAACAAUCUUUUUAAUAUGUACAACGAAAUUAUAACAAGAGUAAUAUACUUAUAUAAAAAACAAAAACUCUAGGCAACAAGAAAUAUAACAGCUUAUAUGUAUAUAAUUAAUAUAUAAGCUUAUAUGUCUAAAUACAUUUAAAAGUUUGUUUAUCUACACGACUAUACGACCAUUGACUGACUUUUAAACUAAAUUCUUAGUUAUUAACCAAAACAAUUAUUGUUAAAUAGUAAAUUUAUUAUUAGGUAUGUAAUACCUAAUGCUUUAUUUUUUAUAGUUGAGUUAUUCAAUAAUUUUUAUAGAAAAAGAAAUAUGGAGAAGUUAGAAAAAAUUAAAUACUAUUUCUUUGUUUCAUAAAAUAAAAUACUAUAAAUACUGCGAGAAAUAAAUAUUGUAAAUUUAUGCAUUUUAUUGCUUCAUUUUCAGUGCGCGGCUAUCACGAAUUCAAGAAAAAACUAUAGCACCCUUUUUUAUUUCUGGUUGUUUGAUGUAUUAGAGACACUGCACUUAUAUAAAAAAUUACCUGUGAAAAAGAAGGGUUGGGUAAAAUAUCUUACAUUCAAAUUAAAGCGCCGCCACUAUAAUCCUAAAAACUGAUGUUGAAGAAAUUAAUCUGCUUUUCUCAUUUUGUAAACUGGACUAACUUCUGAGAUUUUUUACAUGUUGAAUUAAAAGAAACUAGAUUAAAAAAAUACUAUAAAAUAUAUUGUAACAAAAAUUCUAAAUAUAAUAACAUACAAUUUAAAGGUAGAUACAAAAAAUAUUGUUGAUAAGAGAUUUAUUUAUUUUAGAUAUUUAACGGUUCAAUAAUUUAUUAGACCAUUAAAGGCCUAAAAUAAAUAAACCUCUUAUCAACAAUAUUCGUCGGUACGCAAUGUAACCUAAUAUCAAAAAACUAUUUCGUUUUAAAUAAAAUAAUAACUAAAUAAUAAUAUCUAAAUGAAACCGAUCGAUUUAUUAUCAGAUGUUCAAACAUUUAGUAUAUUAUAAUAGAUUAAGUAAAUAAAACCAACAUUAGUUAAAGGAAAGUAAUAAAAAAAAUUGUCAUUAUAAAUUAAGACUCAAUAAAGCAUACUAGACUGGUAUUUUUAAACUCAUGAUCAAUUUGAUCUCAGAAACCAUUACAAUUAAUUAUAAUUUGUGACGUGCUUUGCUCAAAUUAAAUGAAAAUGUGUCCCUUUACAACGAAAACAAAAAAUUAUCAUAAGGAAACAUUCAAUUUUUUAAUAAAAAUGUUUCAUCUAGGCGACAAUUAAUUUUAUAAAUUAUGAAUUUAAUUUUGUUGCAAACACUGACAUUUCCAAUCACUUGAUCCAAUCAUUUUUUUCACACCAUAUACAAUUCUAAACUUUUCUCUAGCACAUAUCAUCAAGAUAAAACAACAUAAUUAAUUCCUUAUACUUUACACCAUCCAGUACCAUCCCGUUUCUUAUCUUUUAUCCAUUACUUUUUAUGGGAUGUCGUACAAAAUCCCACUGGGACAAUUAUUUCUUUACGAAGAACCAAAAACAAAGUGAAACGAAAGGGUAACCUACAUUAUAGCAUUUGUCAGAUCACUGGAUCAAAUGAAAUCACUAUUCUAAUAUUUUUUACUAGUAAUAAUAUUUUGUAAAGAUUUCAAUCAUUAAAAUAUAUUAAUUUAAAGACGAA